GGUGCGACAAAGCUAUGAAGUGCAUCGUCGCUUUAGUGGUCUUGGUGAUGUACGUGUACGUCCGGUCCUAUUGCAUGGCCGAUCCCGUGCCCUACUUGCGUUACAAGACGAUUUCGCACGUGAUCUCACCCCAAGGUGGUCAUUUCUCAGUCGGCAAGUAUUUUCUGAGCUGCCGGUCGAGAGAAACGCGACUGCGUGAGAUGUGGUCAAGAGCCAGGGACGUCUUCAGGGCGCGGUGCACGGGCCUCCUCUCCAUAGAGUCUACAGCCGAGAACGCUUACAUCAAGGAUAUCAUCGAAAGCGAAAAUUUUACCACUAAAAGAUUACGAGACAUUAUAUAAAACUGUUUUGAGUUAAACUUCUUUUUUUGCCCGAAAGUAUAUAAUUUGUGAAACCUGACUCAAAAUUCAACUACAGGAGAAGUGUAAUCACUUAAAAAAAAAACAAUAGUUUUGAGUUUUCUUGAGUUUAACAUCUUUUUUUUUUGAAAAACCCGUAGUUCAAUAAGGUGAGUAGAAAUGGCACUGGUCACAGAUACUUCCGUUUCAUGUCAUAGAAUAUAAAACUCUUCAAAGUUAACAUCUUUUCUUGUCGGAAAAUAUGUAUUUUGUGAACCCCAACCUAAAACUCAACCACGGAAAAAGUGCAAAAAAUAUAGCAUAGAAUAUAAAUUUCUAUUCCUGUAA